AUUUUCUACGAGAGAAUUGACUGACUCGUCAUUUGUUCGCAACUCGAUCAAUGAGUUGAGUUUUUAAUAUUCUUGUGAAACGAUAAACGUUGGCGUUCGUGUGAAGUGUGACUGACUUACUAAACACUGUGAAUUUAAUCGUUCGACUCAACGCAGAGGAUUUUAAUCUCAGGAGAAGAGAAAAUAAUUAAAUAAACGCUAAGAUGCAGAUGCACGAACAGAUUAUUGUCGAUGGACAGGAGCAGCCGAUCAGCAGGACUUAUCAAUACAGAAAGGUGAUGAAACCGAUGUUGGAGCGCAAACGUAGGGCACGUAUAAACAGGUGUCUCGACGAGUUAAAGGACCUGAUGGUGACGGCGCUCGCCGGCGACGGCGAGAACGUGGCGAAGCUGGAGAAGGCCGACAUCCUCGAGCUGACGGUUCGUCACCUCCACAAGCUCCAGAGGCAGCAGAGACUGUCGGCGAACCCAGUGAUAGACGCGGACAGGUUCAGGGCGGGUUACACGCAUUGCGCAAACGAAGUGAGCCGGUGCCUGGCGGCGACGCCGGGCGUCGACGUCGCCCUGGGAACUAAGCUCAUGACGCACUUGGGCCACAAGUUGAACGCCAUGGACAAGACCGGACCUUUGACCAUCCACGUCGCUGCCCCCCAGGGCUCGCCGACGAGCAGCGAAAGCACCGACGACAGCAGCGAAGACUAUCCGAUGCCCCUGACGCCCGCCUCCAGCCAACCGUCGCCCGUCAGGUCCGACGUCGAGGGGGCCUCGUUUAGCCAUCGGGGCCUUCUGCAGGUCGCGAAGCCGACCGAAGCCGUUUGGAGACCGUGGUAAAUCCGUGGAUCCAGAAGAUAUACGCCGGAAUUUAAAAGAAGAAAAUAAACCAAACCAGACAGAAGACGGAGAAGAA